GGUUUUAAAAACUCUCUUGAACCAAACCAAUACGAUCUAGAUUCCCGGUUAUCGUUAAUGAGAAAGGGUUGAGUUCAAUUUCCCGGUUAUCGUUAAGGAGAAAGGCUUGAGACAUGACUUGGAAGCUAAGACCAUGCGCAUCAGGGGCUUUAGACGGGUUCACGGGCCCGAGUUCUAAGGCCGGAGUAAUUAAAAAACAAUUUAAAAUGGGUUUGUGUCGAUGAAACGGGCCUUACGGUUGAUCCGCUAUGAAGCGGAUUUAGCCACGCGUCAUAUCCUGGUUGGACGAGAGAAACCGCGUAGAGGGGGAGGAAAGACGGGUUUCCCCGUGUCUCUUCUCAUUUUCUCUUCUCGAAACAAAAGCUAGGGUUUGUUGUGUGAGAGGCGAUAAUACGAGUGACGCGGAGUCUUCACGAGAUUCUCGUUCAAAUCGACGACGGAGAGUCUUCUCCACGACCUCUGGUAAGUAUCGAGUAGAUCGACGGUUUAAUUUCGUUUAAUUUGGUCGAAAUCGUUUACUGAGAUUUAAAAUCAAUUUGGGGUUUUCGAGUUUCGGAUGUAAAUCGAUAACUGGGUUUCGAUUAAUUGAUGUAAAUCGACAUGCGCGUUUAAUUUAGGGUUUGUUUGUGUGAGAUUUCAAAUCGAUUGAGGGGUUUGGAGUUAGGGUUCUCAAUUGAUUCGUUGAUUCGUUUUAUAGUUUUAAUUCCUCAAGAGGGCUCGAUAUAGGGGUCGUUUUAGUAUAUUGUUUCGAUUAUAAUGUUCUAAUAUAUUGGGGUUUUUUCACAGAUGGAUCCCGCGGAUGAGAGAAGCCAUUCAAAGAGACAAAAGGAGUAUUUUGACAUGCUACAAUACACUUGUGAUUCAGAAUAUGGGAUUCCUAGAAGGUGUUCCUGUGGUGGGAGAAUCAUCGACGAGGUUCGAGCCAAGGAGGAGUACGACACUCUUCCUGGGAAGAGGUUCUUCACGUGCGUCAACUACGAGGUAAUGUGGGUUUCAACCUCCUGAUUUUGUUUUUACAUUGUAUAUAUUUCUUGAAAAACCACCUCUGAUAUUUGUUUUGUUCCAAACAAGGCUGAUGGGUUUCACUACCGUCAGCCUUGGGUGUUUGGUGUCCAGGAGCAGAUGGAACGCUUACUCAAGCGUCUUGAGGAGGCUGAGGAGGUGAUGAAGUGGGUGCCGAGUCUCAAAAACAAUAUUGAGACUCUGGAGGCCGAGGCAAAAGGGCUGAGUGACCAGGUUGAUCGACUAACUGGGGAGGUUUACAACCUGACGGUGCAAGUGUCUGUGCUGGAGAAGCUCUGCUUCGACUAACAAGCAAAGGUACCGGGUGGGAAAGCGUCUUGAAGUCACGGGUGGUUUGAAGCUUUGUCGUAAGUGUAGCCUUUUUAAUCUCUUGUCUUUGUCUCUGUUUUAAUCACGGGUAGAAAGUGUAGCCUUUUGUUUCAUGCUACAUCUUUCAUGUACUAUGGUUGUAAUGUUGCUGUUGAUUCACGGGUGGUUGUGUACCCUUUAUCUAAGUGUAAACUUGAACUCUCUCCCUUUAUAUAAAUGUAUGGUCUUUGGUUAUUGUACAGAACAAGGCAAACUUGAACUCUCUCCCUUGACAAACUUCUCUUCUAUUCUAUUCUUUCUCUUCUUUCUCUUCUUUAUUGUCUCUUCUAUUCUAGGCUCUAUUCUUUCUCUUCUGAUCGUGGUGCUCUAUCUGAUCGUGUAACAACAAGCUUCAAACCACAACAACUACUCAACUUGAACAACCUUCACAACCUCAACAAGCUUCACAACUCAACUUGCUUGAAACCACAACAACCUUCAAACACUCAACAACAAACUCAAGGUAAGUGAAUGAUAGAAUUAGGAAAAAUAAGAUUAGGAAAAAUAUGAUAGAAUUAAUAUAAUUGAAUAAUGAAAAAAAAAGAUUAAGAAAAAUAUGAUUGAAUAAUGAAAAAACAAAGUGAUGAAGUUUAUGAAUAUUAUUGAAUAAUGGGAAAAAAAAAAGAUUAAGAAAAAUAUGAUUGAAUAAUGAAAAAAAAAAGUGAUGAAAAAAAAUAGUGAUGAAGUUUAUGAAUAUUAUUGAAUAAUGGAAAAAAAAAAGAUUAAGAAAAAUAUGAUUGAAUAAUGAAAAAAAAUAGUGAUGAAGUUUAUGAAUAUUAUUGAAAAAUGGGAAAAAAAAAAGAUUAAGAAAAAUAUGAUUGAAUAAUGAAAAAAAAUAGUGAUGAAGUUUAUGAAUAUUAUUGAAAAAUGGGAAAAAAAAAAGAUUAAGAAAAAUAUGAUAGAAUUAAUAUAAUUGAAUAAUGAAAAAAAAAGAUUAGGAAAAAUAUGAUUGAAUAAUGAAAAAAAAAGUGAUGAAGUUGGUUAAUAUUAUUGAAAAAUGGGAAAAAAAUAAGAUUAGGAAAAAUAUGAUAGAAUUAAUAUAAUUGAAUAAUGAAAAAAAAAGAUUAGGAAAAAUAUGAUUGAAUAAUGAAAAAAAAAUAUUAGGAAAAAAAUAUUAUAAAAAAUAUGAACACAUCCCGUUUUCUGAUUUUAGGAAAAAAUUUCACUAAUGUCUUCCUCAUCAAGUGAUGAAGUUGAUGAAGCUUUAGAAGAAAUGGUCGACCAAGUAGUUGAUAAUUUCAUCGACUCAGUGAUAGAUGCUCACCCCAACAAGCAGAAAAGACGGGCUUAUAUCGAAAGACAUCGUGAACAAGGACACAAUCAGCUAUGGAACGAUUAUUUCCAAGAAAAUCCUACAUACCCACCGCAAAUGUUUAGGAGGCGUUUUCGAAUGAACAAGCCAUUGUUCCUCCACAUUGUCGAACGUGUAAGUAAUGAAGUUCCAUACUUUCAGCAAAGACGAAAUGCUUGCGGAAGGUAUGGGCUAUCUGCACUUCAAAAGUGUACGGCAGCUAUACGUAUGCUGGCAUAUGGUCAAUCAGGAGAUACAUAUGACGAGUAUCUCCGACUUGCUGACAGUACUUCACGUUUAUGUUUGGAAAAUUUCACUAAUGCAAUUAUAAAUUUGUUUGGAGAUGAGUAUCUCCGCAGCCCUACAGCUGAGGAUCUUCAACGAUUGCUCGAUGUUGGAGAGGUACGCGGUUUUCCAGGGAUGAUAGGCAGCAUCGAUUGUAUGCAUUGGGAGUGGAAAAACUGCCCAACCGCUUGGAAAGGUCAGUACACACGUGGUACGGGAAAGCCGACAAUUGUCUUAGAAGCUGUGGCAUCACAAGAUCUUUGGAUAUGGCACGCAUUUUUCGGAUUACCAGGUACCCUCAAUGAUAUCAAUGUUCUUGAUCGGUCACCGGUUUUCGAUGACAUCGUACAAGGUCGAGCACCAAAAGUUAAGUUCAAGGUCAACAACCACACUUAUCGUAUGGCGUACUAUCUUACUGACGGAAUUUAUCCAAACUGGUCAACAUUUAUCCAAUCCAUCCCACUUCCUCAAGGUCCUAAAGCUGAGAAAUUUGCAAAAAAACAAGAAUCCGCCAGAAAAGAUGUCGAACGGGCUUUUGGAGUAUUACAAUCAAGGUUUGCAAUUGUUAAAAACCCAGCUCUACUAUGGGACAAGGAAAAGAUAGGAAAGAUAAUGAGAACUUGUGUCAUUUUGCACAAUAUGAUAGUGGAGAACGAACGACACGGAUACGCUCAAAUUGACACAUCUGAGUUCGAGUCAGGAGAGUCAAGUAGAAGUUCGAGGGUGACAAGGAGGGAUAGUAUUCAUGUCGAUAUGUUAGGCAUGCGCAGAGAAGUUCGAGAUCCAGCGAAACAUGCUCGUCUUAAAGCUGAUUUAAUGGAAAAUAUAUGGCAAAAGUUUGGUGAUGACGAUGAAUAAGCUUUGUAUGUUAUUGAAUUUCUUGUUUUAUGUAUUCUACUCAUUAUGUAUUGAAUAAAAUGUUUAAAAAAAUUUAAAAUAUAUUUUAAUGUAUUAUUUUAUUCAUGUUUUCUCAAUAAUUAGAAAUUUGGAAAAAAAAAAAUUAUUAUGAAUAA